AUCCCCAUCGUCCCCCGUAUCAUCCCUGCGCCCAUCCCCUCGUCUCGACGGGUAUCUCACGAUGCACCUCACGAUGCACAGACAGUCACAGGGGCGCCGAGGAGGACGGUUGUGGAGAUGAUAUGGAGACGUUCUAGAGAGCUAGCAGACUUCUAGACAAGACAGGGCAGCGAACCUUACAACCCUAGAGUGCAGGCACUUCAUGGACAAUCGGAGUGCACAUGAUGUUUAGCCUGUUUUUCUACAUCGUGCGCAUGCAUUCGGAGGUUGAUCGACCUCCUACCCUGACGCGUCGAUCAGUAAAUUGGCCGUUGUCGGUUCGCGAGAGGGCGUCGCGGCCGUCGUUUUUGCGAGUCCAGGUCCGUCGGUUUCCCUCCCAGGCCGUUUUCUUUCAAGGGAGGUUUACUAUUGGGACGUUUGUCCACCGCCGAUGUAUAGAUCAAGGAUCGUGGUGCGCGCAGCGGCCAGAUGACCACUGUUUUACGAGGCCCCCACGGCUUGCAAACUUUGGUGCCCGCACAUGCUCGCAUGUCUCCCCUGUCGCACAUCGCCCUUCUCGACCUUGAGAUGCCACGGCGGAAACACAAUACACUGGCAGAUGCAGAUGCGUGAUACCAGAUAUCUAGCACGAAAACCGCCAGCACGAGGAGCGUUUCGGUCGGCAGUGGAAGUGGUGUGAGCAGGGCUGACGACGACAGUUCCAGGAAGUAUUCAGUGCCCUGGGGGGAGAGAGGCGUGGACGCCGCACCCAUCACAACAUGUGCAGCGUCCUCGACAGUAUGGUGUCCAGCCAUGGUUUCUAAAUUUGGCAACAGAGUGCGAGAAGCGUAUCUGGCUGGCAACACGUUCAGGGCACGGGUUCCCCCUCGUAUCUUCCGCCUCCAUCUCUUCCUACCUUGCCUCCCCCUUCCCCAUCUUGCAGCGGAGGCCUUCCUUGUGGACAACUCCGCGCUGAAGGCUACUACGGAUGGCAUCGCGUACCGGUUGAGCAAGCAGGAGGAACACAGGACCAACGAGAAGGCCGCCUGGGGCACGGUGGUGCUCGGCGUCGACCAGGGGGACGGCUGGCUCCUGGUCGGCUCGCGGUACCUGCCCUUCCACCUCAAGGGCGCGACGGUGCUGACGCCGCUGGGCGGCCCCGAGGAGCCGGCGACGCCGGGCGCGGAGGGGCCGCCACAGCGGGCGUCGCCGCCCGCGGGGUGACGGGCGGCGCCGGGCGCGGGGGGGGCCCAGCCGGGCGGGCGCCGCCUCGCGCGCUCGCGCCGAGGCCUCGCGGGCCCUCGCGCGCCUCGCGGGCCCGUCGGGGCCCCCCGCCCUUAUCCAACGGCUCCCGCCGGGGCCCCCACGAGGGCCCGUCGGGGCACCCCGCCCCUUGUGUCGUUCCUCCCUUUCCGCCUUCCUCCUCACUCGUCCUGUUCCUCCUCACAUUCCUCGUCGUUCCUCCGAACCUGCAGCGGUGCCGUCGUUGCUGCCAGUGUGAUCAUCACAAUUGUACGUUGGCUGCCGCAGUGUUCAAAGCUUCGCUUUUGCUCUUGGUUGUUCGGCAGUUUAUGCGCUGUCCUGUGCGCUUCUUCUGCAUGUUCGGGGACCUUGCUUGUAUAGCAUUCUGUGCUGAACCCGUGCACGUAUCCGAAUCUUGCAGCUCAGCAGUGCGAAAUGAGCACGCUCGUCCAAAUGUAUGUUGCGUUGGGUAUAGUAGGACAGGACUUGCAGCUGGUGACGGCGAAGCUGGUAA